CCCCAUAUUCAAGGGUUUUAACCAUAAUCUCUCCCUCUCUCUCUCCACGCUUGUGUAUUCGGAGAAACACCGAGCACCUGGUUGCCAAACUGGUGAACUCAACCUCCCAUCUCUCAAGUCCGACUUUUUCCUUGUUGGUUUUCAAGAAACUCGAAAACCCAGAAAUCAGGGAUUUUUAAGUAAAAGAUGCCAUCAAAGACAAAGAAGAAUUCAAAGACACCUUCGAGGCUGUCAAAUUCUGACCAGUCUGCUUCAUCUCCUAGAACACCAUCAUUGGCAUCUAGUAUAGACUUAGAAGCUAGUCAACAAGAAAAUAUUGCGUUGUGUUUAGAAGAAGCAUCGAGUAAAUAUCCGUAUUUGAUUGAUAAAUCUGCUUUCAUUGGUCGAAUCACUGAUGUUGAGGCGGAGUCUAGUACUACUGCAAGAGGUUGUAAGAUUUGGCUUUCAGAAUCUUCUAUGGUUUCUUCUUCUCUUGCCCCUGGUUCCAUUGUAUCGGUGUCACUUGCUGCUGUGGAGAGGAGAUUUUCGAGUAGUAGUUUUCCUCUCAGUUCGUUUUCCUAUGAAUGGUCUAGACAAUGUGAAGUGGAGUCUGUGGAUAAAAUAACUAAUGAAGCUGGGAAUUACUUUGCUCUUGCGACGGUUUUUCCUUCUUGUAAGGUUUCCAAGAAUGGAGCGCGGUUGUCUUCAAACCUUGCAUACAUGAUGGGAUGCCCUGCUUCAGGCAAGGUUAUAUUUGUUCACACUAUUAGAAAUCAACUCCUAACUGAUAUUGUAAAUGGGAAUGAUACGCCAGAAGGUGCAAAUGCUGAUGAUCUUUCAAUUCAUAACUGCAAUGAAUUGUAUCUGGAGCUAGUUCCUUUUAUGGACAGAGUAAAAAUGAAGAGUGAUACUAUGUCUGCAACGAAAUUAUCUGCGGAAAAAAGACAUGACAGAUCUGAAAAUGGCAUGAUUUCAUCCCCGAAGACACCGUUGUGUCAGCCAAAGCUUAGCUCUCCUAGUCCCAUUCACUUAACUUCACCAAUAUGUGAAGAAGCAGCAUCCAAUUUAUCCAAUUCAAAUGGCACAGAUGUUGGUUUACUGAAUAUCAAAGAGGUAUUAGAGGAUGAAAGUGCCAAGAAACUUCUACAGGUCUGUGCUACUUCAUGGUUGUAUUCUCGUGUUCUAAUAUGUGGAAAUCUUGUGGCCAUCCCAGUGCUUUCAAAUCUUUGCAUUUUCCAUGUCAAAAGCGCAAAUAAAUUACCUGCAGAUGGUAGUGAUCAAGAUUUGAUGAAAGAUAGAACUCAUGGGAUGCAACCUCAAGAUUCUGAAGAAUUGGGCCAUGUGAAAGAUGCUUUUUCCAUAAACCGUGAGACAAAAGUAUAUUUACAUCGACAUAUGAACUCAACGGCUGAAAGGCCACAAAAACAAGGUUUGCCAUUAAUGCAAAGUGAAUGUAUUAAUGGCAAAACAAUUAUAGGAAAUGACAGAUCAAAAUUGGGUGGUCUACAUAAGGAAUAUACAGUUUUGAAGGACAUAAUUGUAUCAUCCACGAAGAACACUUUGUCAUGUUUUGGCUUGCGAACUACAAAGGGAGUGCUUCUUCACGGCCCACCUGGAACAGGAAAGACUUCUUUGGCUCGAUUAUGUGUCAUUGAUGCUGGUGUCAACCUUUUCUCAGUAAACGGACCUGAGAUAUUUAGUCAGUAUUAUGGAGAAAGUGAACAAGCAAUGCAUAAAGUUUUUGAUUCAGCCUGUCAAUCUGCACCUGCUGUGGUGUUCAUUGAUGAGUUGGAUGCAAUUGCACCUGCACGGAAAGAUGGAGGUGAAGAACUAUCUCAAAGAAUGGUAGCUACACUAUUGAAUUUGAUGGAUGGGAUUGCUAGGACUGAUGGACUGCUUGUUAUUGCUGCUACAAACAGGCCUGAUAGUAUCGAGCCUGCACUGAGGCGGCCUGGAAGACUUGACAGAGAAAUUGAAAUAGGUGUGCCUUCUCCCAGCCAACGAUUGGACAUACUUAAUACUCUUCUAAGUGAAAUGGAGCACUCAGUUUCAGAUAUGCAACUUAAACAACUUGCCAUGGCUACACAUGGUUUUGUGGGUGCUGAUUUAGCAGCCCUCUGUAAUGAGGCAGCUUUGGUUUGUCUCAAGCGUCAUGCUAGAUCCAAAAAAUCUGAUUAUAGUUUUCAUUCCAAGGGAUCGUCUAUUGCAUAUGAAGGCCAUUCUGACAGCAUGGUGAAAGGAUCUGAUUGCUCAACAGGGGCAAGAGAUAUGUUGAGGGAUGGUGCAGAUUCUGCAUCUUCAAGCACCUCACAUUUGCCUGUUUCCUUGGAGAACCUGUCAUCUUCUUGCUUGGACGGAGAUGUCUCAGAGAUCACAGAUAAUAUAGAGAAUGGAAUUAUUGCUUGUCCUAAAGAGGAAUUUUUGGUGGAAGAAGAAGCCUUGUUGAACAUUGUUUCUGAAGAUUUUGAAAUGGCCAGGAUGAAAGUGAGGCCUAGUGCCAUGAGAGAGGUAAUCCUUGAGGUUCCAAAAGUUAAUUGGGAAGAUGUGGGCGGCCAGGGGGAAAUAAAAACCCAAUUAAUGGAAGCAGUGCUAUGGCCUCAAACACACCAGGAUGCAUUCAAGCGCAUUGGUACCCGUCCCCCAACAGGGAUAUUGAUGUUUGGCCCCCCUGGUUGUAGCAAAACUCUUAUGGCCCGGGCAGUGGCUUCUAAAGCAGGAUUGAAUUUCCUUGCAGUGAAGGGUCCAGAACUUUUUAGCAAAUGGGUUGGUGAAUCCGAGAAGGCUGUAAGAUCCCUCUUUGCAAAGGCAAGGGCAAAUGCUCCAUCAAUUAUAUUCUUUGAUGAAAUUGAUGGCCUUGCUGUUAUUCGUGGGAAGGAAAGUGAUGGGGUUUCGGUUUCAGAUAGGGUUAUGAGUCAACUCCUUAUUGAAUUGGAUGGCUUGCAACAAAGAGUUAAUGUUACUGUAAUUGCUGCUACAAAUCGGCCAGACAAGAUUGAUCCUGCCCUUUUGAGACCAGGGCGCUUUGAUCGGCUGUUGUACGUGGGACCUCCAAAUCAGAAUGACAGGGAAGACAUAUUUCGAAUACACUUGCACAAAGUUCCAUGCAGUUCUGAUGUCAAUAUAAAAGAACUAGCUUGUCUCACUGAUGGGUGCACUGGAGCUGAUAUAGCAUUAAUCUGCCGGGAGGCAGCUGUUGCAGCCAUUGAGGAGAAUAUUGAUGCUUCGGAAGUAUCCAUGCAACAUUUAAAGUCUGCAAUUCAACAAGUCCAGCCAACGGAGAUCAAUUCUUAUCAAGAUCUAUCAGCAAAAUUUCAGAGGCUCGUUCACUCCAGUGACAAAGAUGAAUUGAGAAACCAAGAGUGCUCGAGCAGGGCAAACUCGUUUUCCAUCAGGACCAUAAUAAAAUCCGCGAUGCAGUUCUUGAAUCGUUCCUCUGCCUCAGGCUCUUGGCAAUAGCAAUUAUGCAGCACGUUUUCAUACAUCUCUUUCAUAAGCAGCAGUGGACCACUGUCUGGUCUGCAUGAUCGCAAUUGAGUGGAAAAUGCUUGCCUGAUUUAAGCUUGGUCGUUGGCUGAGUUUUGGAUUUCACUGGGGUGUACGGGGCCAAUACCACCGACACUUUCUUAUGAAACAUUCACUCAUUAGCGAAAUGCAACUGAAAAUUGUUGCUGUGGUCAAAUUAUGUAAUCAUAACGUCAAGAUUGUUGUAGAUUUGUCUUGUUAAGCAUCAAGUUUUUACCA